UCUCCUUUGAGUGUUUACAAAUGAUCAGCUGUUGAGGUGUUGUUGACGCCGCUGACUGACGCGGUCGGUGACGGAUACUUACUGAGGCGGUCGGUGACGGUGCUGACGGUCGUUGACAGAGUCUAUUGGUUUGUUAACGGGUACAGAUGGACGCUAACUGCAGUAGAUAGGUGCAUAAGAAUGCUAACUACUGUAGACAAGUGCAGACGGACGCUAUAGAUAGGCAGUGAUGGGCGCUGAAAGACUCUUGACGUGACUAGACAUGCUGACGUUUGUAGACAUUUGCCAAAGUCUAUAGAAAGGUGCAGACGGAUACUGAUUGGUAUAGAGUGGAACUGAGAGAUGCUGAUGAGUACAGACAUGAGCUGACAGAUGCAGAGAGGUGUUGACAUUCGCUGAUGGCCGCUGACGGGCAUUGACAGCUAGAAACAUUUUUCAACCUUAAACCACCAUUAUACUGUGAUGACGCCGCGUGUGUGCCGCAAGGAGGACAGAGGCUACAUCAACGGCUUCCUAAGGGAGUUUGGCCUGUCCGUUCAAAUGCGACUCUACACAAUGCACAAAAGAGAAUUUGUAAUGGUUUUCAUCGUCUUCUUUGCUACACUUGGUCUUGCUCUCUUCAUUGGGCUGGCAGGUCCAGCCAUAACAGCUACGGCAGAACAGAGAGCUUCUCAACUAACACCCAGUAUCAACCAGUCCCAGCUGACAUCUGGGCCGUUCCUUAUGAAGUCUCCGCCUUUGUCAAUGUAUGCUCAGCAACUCUGGGUUAUUGCAAAAAUCAUCAUUGAUAUAAAAGAUGAACAAUCGUUCCGUAAGGAGUUUCACCUAAGUGUUGCUAUUGAGGGUCUCACUAGAGAGCACAAGAUGGAAACUGUUCUUGCUGCCGACCAACCACACAACCGGAGUCGCAGUCUGGAGUGUGACCAGCGAGAUUGUGGAGAAGUGACAGUGAUGCACCUAGGCUACCUGCGCUACACUCACUAUGUCAUCACCGUAAAUUUUUAUGGUCUCAGUGAGAUUCAGCAGUGGUACAGCGUCCAGGAUGUUGUCUUCUAUUUUAAGACUUACAACCCAGCAUUCACCAAGUUGGAGAUCUGGUUCCGGUUCAUCUUUCUGCUUCUGACAUUUGCUGUUGCCUGUUGGUUGGCCCACAGUCUCCGAAAAUAUGCAGUGUAUGAUUGGUCCAUUGAGCAGAAAUGGAUGUCUGUGCUUCUUCCUCUACUUUUAUUAUACAAUGACCCAGUGUUCCCUAUGACAUUCUUGAUGGCUUCAUGGGUACCAGCACUAGUGGACACUGUGUUCCAGUCCACCUUCUUGUGUGCCCUCCUUCUCUUCUGGCUCUGUAUAUACCAUGGCCUCAGACAGAAUGAGCGUUCGUUUGCAUCAUUUUAUUUGCCUAAGUUGUGUAUUGUUGGAUUGUUAUGGCUGACGGUAGUUGUAAUGGCAGCACUACAAAAAUAUAAUGAACUUUGGGAUCCAUUGUACUCUGCUGCAUUAGAAACCAACCACUUCCAGAAAUUCAAGAUAUUUUUCUUCGUGACGGGGUCAUUAUAUAUGCUGUACCUUGUGUAUUUGAUUAUCACAGCUUACAGUGAGCUAAGAGCUAUGCCAUAUUUUGACUUGCGACUCAGAUUCAUGACAUUGCUGAUGUUCAUUGUGUUGUGUGUCACUAUCACCAUCACUGUCCUGAGGUUUGGGGUGGGUAUGCUGGAAGAUAACUUUGUCGCUCAGUUGUCCACGCAUUACGACUCCUCGGCACAGUUCAUGGCAUUUUAUGGACUUCUAAAUCUCUAUCUCUUCACGAUGGCAUACGUUUAUUCUCCUUCUGAAAGAGCUUUAAUGGAAACUCAUAUAAUGAAGGAUAAUCCAGCAUUCAGUAUGGUAAAUGAUUCGGAUGAGGACGUGAUUUAUGGCUCAGAUGAUGACACCAGACGCCCAUUGAAUAGAGGGUGCAGUUCACUCGGGUCAUCCGCGGUGUGGUUCGGUCCAGCCAGCCUGCAGUCUAUCCCUGUGCCCACGACAUUCGUCAGUUGGCUGCAAGUUCCUUCGUUGAUGUUCCUGGGGCUCGUCGGGCCUGUGUGGCCUUGGAUUGGCGGUUGCAGCCUGUUGUCUCAGCUUCGCGUUGUGGAACAAGCAACGACCGCCUCCCAGAAUGCUGAUACAUAGCAUGAAAACAGGCUGUUUCAUAUUUCAUCGUGGCUGGAUUUUCAUUAUUUGUCUCAUCUCCAGGUUUGUCAUAUGAAGUCAGAUUAUAUAUGAUUAUGUCUGAGUCUGUACCAAUGAUUUCUGUCCAGUUUCACACAAAAAAAAAAAGAAAUUUGGAAUGGAAGAAAUGUUGUGGUCACAUGUCUGUAGUCAAAUUCAGAUGAAGCUGAAUGAAGUCAGGCUUCAAAUGUCAAAUUUUAUUUACCAAUGCCUCAAUGUAAAAAUUAAAAUGUCUAAUUAUCAGUAUGUAUGUUCAAAAAAGUAAUAUUAUGCUCCUGGCUGUGAAGUGGCGCCAGUCAUUCAGUGGCUUGAAAAAAGUUUACAUAAUCAUUAAAUUGCACUGUAGUAUUAGUUAUUCCUGCCAUAUAAUUUUUUAACAAUGAAUUACAUCUAACUUUAAUUAUGAUAAAAGAUAUCCAACAAAUAUUUGAAAAUUGCUGAUAGUGCAUAGACUUUCAAAAAAAAAAAGAGAUUCAGCUGUUUUCCAAUUACAGUACGAGUCAAUAAAAUUUGUUGUUUCCUUGUUGAAACAUUUCUGAUCAUUAAACAUUUCCCCUCUAUUUGUUUUUAGAAGAUGACAACUAAUCCAUUAAAAUGUUUCUCUACAAGUUAUUUGUAAACAGUGUCAUGAGCCACUGUAAUCUAAGCAUGAUGAGGUCAUUAAACUUAAUGGUACAUUUGUAUUUUGUAACUAUGUGUGGCCAACAAAGCUAUGAGGUCAACAUAAUGGCUUAGCUCAUAAUUUGCACUGCAAUAAAAGUCAUUUUAAAUAAAGAUUAUCACUUCAAUGAAAAAUGUUUUAUCUAUGAAAUGAAAUUUGAGGUACUGUAUAUAUAUAAUAAUAAUAAAAAUAAUAUGUA